AUGUCGAGAUACCGAGAACUAAGUUAUAGCCAUGCGCCCAAUAUGUCAACACUACCGAUGGGAGCUGGUCCAACAACCACUACAAAAGAGCAUUACCAACUACGAAGACUUGCCAAUUUCAAAUCAUACUAUUUCCAAAUUCAAAACUUGAUUAAUUCCAAUGUCCUGUUGAGUUUGAAAUUUGAGCAACUAAAGACACCAGAAAUACUUUCAACUUUGAUCAAACCUAUUAUUAUUGAAAUCAUAGCCAUAACUGACAAAUCUUCUUCCCAAUCACAACCUACUCAAGCUCAUCACUUUACUGAUCCCAAAUCAAGACUCAAAAUCUCCACCUUCACCAUUUAUAUCCUCUUGCUACUUCGUUAUGAAUACUUGAUUCAACUGGAAAACAACUUGAUCUGCUUUGAUCUCUUGGUUACGAAAGCCAAUGUUUGUGAAUUGUUGGCUAUUCGAAUGUUGCGUGAAUACCGAUCAUGGCAAAGGAUACAAAUGUUGUUUAUCAAGCCACCUGCAGGAUUGGCUAGCACCAAUACCAGUAACAGUGGUAGUGGCAGCAAUAGCAAUAGCAACAUGUCACUUAUGGGGAUGAUGGAUUUGAACUCUUUGGAAUUGAGUAUAUUGUCUAAACUGAAACGAUUCUUAUCACAACCUAUAGUUAUCCACAUCUUGGACAGGUUUUAUAAUGGCGAUUUGGUCCAUGGCGGGUCUUGUUUGUAUUAUCAGAAUGGGGAGUAUUGUGAGGAUGAGAAAAGUACAUUGUUGGGAACAAGGAUGGGGGAGAGGAGAACACACAGGGGCGGAUACAAUGUGGGCAGUUCUGGAGAUGGAAAUGGGGACAGCAACAGCAAGAGUAGGAACCACAGUUUCACCGGCUAUGACAAUGAAGGGGACAUCAAUGGCGAUCUGGACAUUGACGACACUAUAUUUGAUGAUUCCAGAGUCAAGUUUUCCAUUGCACGAAUAUUCAAUCGAGCUCAACUCGUACCAAAGUACCAACAUGUGUUGAUCAACUUGAAAUUGAUAAAUUUUGCCAUUGUUUAUUUCAUCAUGAUAUUGCAACCGAAACGGUCAUCACUUUUUGUCGAUUUGUAUUUCUGGCUUCUUGCAUUGAGUUUCAACUGUGAAGUUGUUACCAAAUUAGUCAAUAUUGAUCAUAGAUUUAUGAAUAUUGUUAUCUGGAAUCACAUUGACCUACUAUUUAUAUUCAUUAUCGACUUGUGUUUUAUUUUCAAGUUUGCUUUACGGUCUCCACAAUAUUAUCAUGACGUGUUUAGUUUGAUUGGCAUCAUCUUGUUCCCACGGAUCUUGUCGAUUUUCAAUAAUUAUCGGUUCUUCAAUUUAAUCCUUCUUUCAUUCCACAAGAUGAUUUUCAAUUUGGUGGGGCUUGUCUUGUUCUUUUUCACAUUGAUUAGUGGAUUCUACUUUAGUUUCAUCACUUUAUCCCAAACACAGACUAAACAAGAUGUAUUAUUCAACAUGUUGAAGAUAUUCUUUGGAUUCACCCCGUCGGUUUGGAAUAAUUGGGACGAUUUCAAUACUUUGGGUAAAAUCAUGCAAAUGAGUUAUUUGUUUUUGAUUCAGUUUAUAGUGGGGACGAUUUUGGCAAUUUGUCUUAGUGGAGUUUUUACAAAGACUCGGGAAAACAUUGAACAUGAAUUCAAUUAUUUCAAACUGAAUAACUUGAUAUUAUAUUUCAAAAUGGGUCAAUUGAAUCAACGCGGUGGAUUGGCUAAUGGGUAUUGUCAAUUGUUCAAAUUGCCAUUGAUUGGGAUAGUCUUGAUUUAUGAAGCAGUUACACAUUUACUUUUCAAAACAAGAAGAUACAACAUCAACAAUGACGAUGUUGAUUUGAAGCACUUUGUGUUUAUAAGCAAUGAUCAGGAAUAUACACAAUUCAAUGAGCAAUCGAGCAUUGGUGGUGUUGAUCCAUUACAAGAACCAGUGGCUAUAAAAGUGAAUAAACGACAAGCCAUGAAGAAUCAUCAAUCAAUAAGCACAUUGGGUGGAGGCCAUCUACGUACAGCUUCAACAGACUCAUUGUUUAUUGAUCAGUUGUUGAACCGAAAGUAUGGAGCUACUAGCUAUGUGGUGGAUAAUAAGCUUGAACGAAUACAAACUCAAACUCAGCAAGCACAAGUGCCGCAAAUGAAUAGAGUAUUUUCUCGCAAGACGCCAAAUCACCAACGACGUCAAUCACCUCCAGCGCAGCAGCAGCAGCAUCAGAUGCAAACGCAAACACAAGUUCCCAUUGCACUUAAAAAGUCGUUCAAUGUGCCACGGCGAGGGUCGGUUUUUCUGCAAUCUGCCACAUCAACGCAACAAAUAAAACAGCAGCAGCAGCAGCAGAAACAACAACAACAACAACAACCGCUGCAGUCACAUCCACAGCAAUUACAAUCGUACGCCCCACAACCAUUCUUUGGAUCACCACCAUCACUUCAAAUGGCAAGCUUACAGCAACCUAUGCUCACCCAGGAUGUACUUGCACGAUUAUCGAACCUUGAGUCAUUGUUUACCAAACGGAUAAUUUCCACCAGUAUAGACGAUUCUAAGCUGGUGAUUAUGAGUCGUAUCAAUGAAGACGAUGUUGCGUGGGCGGGAGAAGAAGCAAGAGACAAAGUAGGUUGCUAUUAUGGGAAUAGACGUGGGGAUGUGCCAUUGAAGCGACGCGGAAUGGGUAUGGAAGACGAUGAGUUACUGAUCAAUUCUGAAAGUGAGGGCGAUGGGCCCCGGAGUGGGGAUGAUGUAGACAGAGAUGGCGAUGAUGAUGGCGAUGCGUAUGAUGACGGUGAUGACGAUGGGGGGGAUUUGGAUAGCGAGGAGUUGAAUCGAACUCUUCCGCUAAAAUUCAAGACAUUGAGUAAUACUGAAGUUGAUCAGUAUGAUAGUGAUGAAACAUUUUGA